AUGCCGCGCACUUCCCGGUCGAGCUGCGUUGCUCAGCAGCCAGCCAUUCAAGCCUUCACUCGGGCAACCAAAGCCGGCAUUACUCCGCAAUUACCUGCAAAGAAUAUCAAUACCCUUCCCGUCUCGCCUUCCAAAAAACGCAAGCUGCAGGAACUUGAAAACUUCGACUCCGGUAACAAGCAGGGCCCAAUUGAGGAGGAAGGCACACCUUCGAAAACUUUGCGACUCGGUGAACUGUCGGUUUCUUCGCCACGCAGCGGUCACUAUGCUUCCACCACCCAGAAAGCUUCGCCUCGGAAAACCCCGAGUCGGACCCCGAGUCGACGGGCUCGUGCCCCUGUCAAGACUGUGCCCUCGACACCCGCGACCCCCUCGAAACAGCGAACCCUGAACUUCGAAAAAGUUAUCACCGUGCACGAGGAAACUCCAGCGAUUGAGCGUCCUGCUUUCUUCAACGAUAUUCUCAACCUUCACUCUUCUUUCGUGCAAGCUUUUUCUAUUCAUAUGGCACACAAUGGCGUGAAUACCGCCGCGGACCUCCGAGAAUUCCUUGGCAGUGUGACUCGUCUAUGGAAUAAGCGCAAGGUGCAGAUCAAGGAUUUACAGCGUCUUGUGUGGGUUUGGGAUCAGAGCUCAAAUGCCCAACAUGUUUCAUAUCGCCUGGCAAAUUAUGGACUUGGAAAAAUUUGCAUGGAGCGCAAAGCGCAAAUUGAAGUGCAGCCUCCUCUUCUGCAAGAUUCUUUCGAGGAAGCUCUGGAUUUGCUAUGGGAGAAGGCCCCCGAGGCGCUUCGUUCUGCCAAAGAGGAGGAUCAAUCAUCUUUAUUCAUCGAGUCGCUCGGUCUUUCCACCAUCCACGAGUCACUCACUCCUUUCACUGUAUUCAAAAAGGGCCAGCAGCGACUGCAAGAUUUGAAGGGCGGUUUACUCCGUUUGAAGGCCGAGAGACAGCGCGCGGAAUCAGCAGAGACUACUCCCCUGGAGCGGACUGCGACACUCAGCCGCCGACAGAGCCUACUCGACCGCAUCAAGAAUAAGGAGCUACGCCAGUCCAAGCUACCGCCCCCACCUCCCAAGGAGGAGCUUGUGCGACGCUCCGCUGCUGAUCGCGUGGAGGAAGUCGCUGGAAUCCUUGCUCUCUUGCGUCCUGCUGGCUAUGUGGGUAGCGGUAUCAAAGCCAUGCUUGUUUCCCAACGCAAACCUUUCAAGCUUGAUGUGAUGAUUGACCACGUCCGUGACUCGGCCCGCAAUGAGAUCCCCCGUGACGAAGUGCAGAUAUGUCUUGAGAUUCUGUCCGAUCCGAAAGUGGCUGGUCACUGGAUCAGCAUUGUCACUGUUGGUCAUAUGAAGACGGUCGUGCUGAAGUCUUGCAAGGAUGUCUCCGCCAAAGAGAUCGGUGCUAGAGCUGCCCAGCUCAAGUCUGACUGGGACAAAUCCACCCCUUGCUCGCAGACUACUCUUCUAUGA